AUGUUUAGAAAUAUAAUUGCUUUAACACUGUUGGUGUGUAUAGUAGUAAAUGCACAACAACAAUUGACAGAUAUUCAAUUGAAUAUAUUGGGAACUUAUAACUUUACAUCGGGAUCUAAUAUCACGUUGAACCUACAAGAUUCACCAGCAAAGUUAGAUGGAAUGUUAAUCCCAUGUUACGGAAAAGUUAACUUUUUUGUUGGUUUCAAUGGAAAAGCUUCGCCACAAGACAACGUUUAUCAACAAUAUUGGGACCCAGAACAACAAUCAUUGUCAUUCAACUUGCCAACCAUUGGUCAACCAACUAAUGUUUCUACUCUUGUUGUUGCCAAUGCAACUUCGUCAAAGCCAAUUGUAUUCCAAUUCAUUGUCACACCAGAUUUCAAUACAAUUGUAAAUCCAAAAUUCCCAAUGCCAGGAAACGGUGGUAAAUUAGAGUUGGCAAUGACAGACAAAGGAAAGGGUGCAACUGUUAAAUUCACCAAGACAGAUAAUUCAAAUGAUACAUAUCAAAUCUAUAAGUUUGUUGGAUCACUUCCAGAUGGUGCAUUCCCAUUCAGUGCCUGUGGUGUUCAACAGUACGCCAGUCCAAUCGAUGCAACACUCCAAGAGGUUGGAAGCAAUCAAUUGAUUGCUUCCAUCACUGGAUUGGAUCCAAGCGUACCAACCGGUAUCUCCAUCAUCGUAACAAGACCAGGAGGUUAUCAAAAUACAUAUUCAUAUGGUAUAUUAAAUGAUCCAAAUGAAGCAUCAUCAACAAAGUCAUCAAUAUUCAUUAUGGCUAUGAUUCUUUGUUUCACAAUCUUAUUUGGAUUAAUAGUAAUUAAUGAGGUAGAUCAAAAUCUUAAUCUCAAAGAUAGAACUACAAAAUAUUUUUUUGUAUUGGCAAUUUACAACAAAAAUACUUGGAUCAACUUGACAGAAUAUUCUGCAACAGCUUUUCAUUAA